CUUCUGGGAACCUCCAGAUACCCUGGAGACACAGUGAGUUAGCACCACCACCAGGAAUUGGCCUCUUAGCUCUGUGCCUGUCUCCAACAAGGCUGGAAUAAGUCCUUUUAUAAGCUCAGCCCUCUACUGGAAUUUAAAGCCUCCUCAGCCUUCCGAAUCAGCCUGAGAAGGACAGGCAGAACUGCUGUAUGGGCUCUAAUACCACAUCCCCUUCCAUCAUUUUCCUGCUAACUGGUGUUCCUGGGCUGGAAACCUUCCACACCUGGAUCUCCAUCCCCUUCUGCUUCCUCUAUGUAACUGCCCUCUCAGGAAACAGCCUGAUUCUCUUCGCCAUCGUCACUCAGCCCAGCCUCCACGAGCCCAUGUACUAUUUCCUCUCCAUGCUGUCCACCACUGACCUCGGCCUGUCCAUAUCCACUCUGGUCACCAUGCUGGGGAUAUUCUGGUUCAAUGCCAGGGAGAUCAGCUUUAAUGCCUGCUUGUCCCAGAUGUUCUUUAUUAAAUUCUUCACUGUCAUGGAAUCCUCAGUGCUGUUAGCCAUGGCUUUUGAUCGUUUUGUGGCCAUCUCUAAUCCCCUUAGGUAUGCCACCAUUUUAACUGACUCCAGGAUAGCUCAAAUUGGAGUAGCAAUUGUCAUCAGGGGGACGCUAAUGCUGACACCAAUGGUUGCACUUCUUAAAAGGCUGUCCUACUGUCGCAGCCACGUGCUCCACCACUCUUAUUGCUACCACCCCGAUGUGAUGAGGCUCUCGUGCACAGACACCAGGAUCAACAGUGCAGUGGGGCUGACUGCCAUGGUCUCUACUGUUGGCGUAGACUCAGUCCUGAUCCUCCUUUCUUAUGUUUUGAUCAUUAAGACUGUCCUCAGCAUUGCAUCCUCAGAAGAGAGGAAAAAAACCUUCAGCACAUGCAUCUCCCAUAUUGUGGCUGUUGCUGUAUUCUAUAUUCCCUUGAUCAGUCUGUCCUUUGUUCACAGAUUUGGGAAACAAGCCCCAGCCUAUGUACACACUCUGAUUGCUAACACCUACCUGCUGAUCCCUCCAGUAAUGAACCCCAUCAUCUACAGUGUGAAGACAAAACAGAUUCGUAGAGCUGUGAUAAAAAUUCUCCAUUCCAAAGAAACAGCAUUAUAGAAUUCCUGGCACUAGAUGGACACUUCAAGAUGGUCUACUCCAGGUCAUGUUAUCAAUUAAAAAAAAAAAAAACCUAACACUGGUGCUUGUUAAAGCUAAGUGUAUAAUCAUUUAACGUUAAAGCUGAAAUCUGUUUAGAACAUCAGCUAGUUUGACCACUUGAUUUUACAGAUGAGGAGGUGGAAACAUACGAAUUGGAGGGAUGAACAACCUAAAGCUUUACGUCUAGAAUUUCUCCUCCUCGUCACCAUUUGUUCCAAACGUCCUUGCCUUCUAUCCCUGCCAAUAGCCUUUCUAUUCUUACCUCAUCCACUU